CUUCUCCUCAUACAACAAUGGCUUCAAUGGCGUUUUCCAGAACCUUCUGUGCCCUUAAGAUUUUCAGCAAAACCAAUAACAUUCCCCGUAUCCAACUCUGCAAUAAAAAACCCCACGACAAGCCUCCAGAGCAAAUCAAACGCAGGGAGCUAAUUCUCAAGAGUAGCGAGAUAGCCACCAUUGGUGCCAUUUUCAAUUUCAGUGGGAAAAAACCUGAUUACCUUGGAGUUCAGAAAAAUCCACCGGCACUGGCUCUGUGUCCGGCAACUAAGAACUGCGUGUCGACAUCGGAGAAUGUCAGUGAUCUUGCGCAUUAUGCCCCGCCUUGGAACUAUAACGGUGAAGGUAGGAAAAAGCCUGUGAGCAGAGAAGAAGCAAUGGAGGAACUGAUAGACGUGAUAGAAACAACUCAACCUGACAGAUUUACACCACGAAUAGCAGAAAGAAGAGAGGACUAUAUUCGCGUGGAGUACCAAUGCCCAAUCUUUGGGUUUGUGGAUGAUGUUGAGUUCUGGUUCCGACCUGGGAAGAACUCAAUUGUGGAGUAUCGAUCUGCAUCAAGACUGGGAAACUUUGAUUUUGAUGCAAACAGAAAGAGAAUCAAGGCAUUGCGACUAGAGUUGGAGAAGAAAGGAUGGGCAUCUCAAGACACAUUAUGAGAAAAAUCUUGUGCAGAAAAUUUAAGCAAUCAUAGCUGCCAUCAAAUUUAAUUUAGAAUUUCGGUUGUUUCUUUUUUCAAAAAAAAAUUCAUGGCCUUGAAUAGUAUCUCUUAUGCUGGACUGCAAAAGAUUAAACAAAUCUUUGACAGUGAAAAAA